AUGAGCUCCUCUCGGAUAGCGUGGCGGCAAUGCGCGCUUCACGCUCACAACGGCCUCGUUCCGGCCCCCCUGCUGUCCGCUCUCCAACCCCGUGCCGCCGGAGCAGCGAGGCGCCUCGCCCACAAUGAUGCGCGCAAAUCGCCGUCACUGUCGCAGCGGCCCACGCCGCCGCCGCGAUCCUCGAACCCGCUCAUCAACCCCCCCGCGUCGACGCGACCCCCGCCCCUGACGGUCCCCCAGCGAAGCACGUCCGACUCGGCGUUCCAAUACUACUUCCAGCUGGGCAAGGGCUACCUGCGGUUCUACAAAGACGGGCUCAAGGGUGUGUGGGCGAACCGCAAGCUGCUUCGCGAGAAGCUCGAGCGCACGCCGGCAGACGACCGCCCGUCCAUCUGGCGGCCGUUCUACGUGCCCAGGACCUUUUCGCGCGCCGACUGGGUCCUGCUGUGGCGCGUGCGGCACGACCUGCUGCGGCUGCCGCUCUUCGGGCUGAUGCUCAUCGUCAUCGGCGAGUUCACGGCCCUCGUCGUCAUCUACGUCGACGGCGUCGUGCCCUACACGUGCCGCAUCCCCAAGCAGAUCGCCACGGGGCUGCAAAAGGCCGAGGACCGCCGCCGCUCCGCCUUUGACGAGCUCGAGGCGCGGUUCCCGCACGGCGUGCUGAGCCCGCGCGUGACGCCCGGCGUGGCGCGCAACCACGUCCUCCGCAGCCUGCACCUCGCGGGCACCAUGUGGGAUCGCCUGGGCUUCACCCCCCCGGGCAUGUGGCAGGUCAAGGGCCGCCUGCGGAUGGCGUUCCUCGAGGGCGACGACCGCAACCUCAUCGAGGACGGCGGGCCAUCGCAGCUGGAGCCCGGGGAGCUGAGGAUCGCGUGCGCGGAGCGAGGCAUCGACGUCGUGGGCAGGAGCGAGACGGAGCUGAGGGGCGUCCUGGGCGACUGGCUCCGGCUGACGGCUGCCGAGGAUAUCACGGAGCGGCGGCGGCGCAUGGCCACGCUGCUGUUGACAAGGCCGGAGCACUGGCCGCAGAAGCGCGACUUUGCGGUCCCGGAUUGGGAGCUGUAG